CGUCUGUCCGUCGUCUCGAUUAAAAUAAUAAGUUUCCGUCGCCGGGCGUGAAUGCAUGACUUCGUCGGUCGGUCGGUCGAUCGAUCGAUCGAUCGCCUCGGCUACCUCCCGCCGCCGUUCCCGUUAAAAUCCAUUCUCUUCGCGAGCGGCUCCUCGACGAGGUCGUAGAACAACCGCCGCCGGUUCUUGAUGAUCGCGUCGAACAUCGCGCCGGCGAACCGCGCCGCCGUCGCGCGCUGUUUCCCGUCGUUUCGCAUCGUCUUCCCCGACCCCGCCGCCUUGACGCCGUCCAGCGCGUCCCCGUACCUCGCGCCGUCGCCCCUCACGACGCGAUAUAAAUCGUCCUCCGCGCGCACCGCGGCGACGAACCCCGCGCCCGACGCCUCGAGCUCCAGCCGCAGGUCCCGGUCGUCGCGCGGGCCGUCGCUCCAUCGCCACGCGUCCGCCGCCGACGGCGCGCGCCAGUCCCCGAGCGUCUCGUCCCUCGCGAACCUGUGGGUGAAGCGAUCGGUCAGUCGAACGUCUUACCGGUCAAACGUUGAAAGGGAAGUGCGGGUGAAGAGUGACGACGGGGAAAGUCCUUAAGGAACGGCGUUCACAUCGCGAACGGGGUCGUAUGGGAAGCAGUCUCACACCUCGCCAGCCGCGCGCGCGUCUCCAUCUCCUCUCGAACCGCGUCCGGGAUCGGCGGCGCGGCGGCGGCGGCGGCGGCGGCCUUCUCUGCCGCUACCGCGGCGGCGUCCGCGGCGGCGAGCUCCUC